AUGUGCUGCAACUCUGCUCUGACAAUCCCCCCACCCGACCCAUGCUUCUCCUUCUUGCCAACCCGACCCGACGUAAUCUCCUUUCCAGUCUCGGUAUCGUUCCGGGUCAGACACGUUUUCCCUCAUGGACCAUCCAAGUCCAUCCCAGAUGACACCGCUCAGCUCUCUGGCUCUGAUCCUGCCUGUUUCUAUGAUUUACUGGGCAUACCCGAGACUGGAACCCUAUUGGAAAUCAAACAAGCGUACAAGCAGCUAGCGCGGAAGUACCACCCGGAUGUUUCGCCUCCGGAUCGGGUCGAGGAGUAUACCAAGAAAUUUAUACGGGUCCAGGAGGCAUACAAAACGCUGUCGGAUCCUAGGAGAAGAGCUCUGUAUGAUCGAGACAUGGCUAAGGGAAUCCACUUGGCUUUCUCUGCUCGUAGGCUUUUCGAAUUCGAUGAGUUGUGCACUCAGCAAAUGGAGGACAAAAGUGAAUGGAAAAGCCGUUGGCAGUCACAACUUUCCCAUCUCAAGAAAAGAAGCAUGUACAAGGACUCUGGUGAUAAUAUGUCUUGGGGAGCAAAAAUGCGCAGGCAAAGGAAUGAAUCAUCUUAA